AUGCCGACUUCUGCGCGUAAGGAGCGUCACUCUUCGGACGACGACCUCGAGGCCGAGUCGCUCAUUCUGCACCGGCUCUCCACCGACGCUUCGGGCUCGUCGCGCAUUCAGACGGCGGGCGGCACCACGGCUGCACCUCGCGUCACCGAUGCCUACGAUGACCUCGACGACGAGUACGAAGUGAAGCGCAAGGAGCUCGACUCGAUGCCGGCGCGCGGCGUGCUCGAGGGCUCCAACAACUCGACGCGCAUCGACAAGACGGGUCGCCCGGCGUGGUUUCGCGGAAUGCUCGAUGGCGACGUGCCCCUGCCUGGCCUCAACGGCCGCGGAGCAGGAAUGUCGGCGUCCAUGGCGCAGCGCAGCCGCAAGAAGCGCGCGCGCUGCAUGCGCUUGGCAAUGCUCGGCGCGGGCGGAUUGCUCGUCCUCGGCGCAUUUGCCUUUGCUCUCGGGCCCAAACUGGGCGUAUCGCCGUCGAGAAUCUACGACUACAUGGGCGACAAGUGGUAUGGCGACAGCGGCGUGAUCCCGUUCGAGUUCAACAAGCCCGUCGGCUACCCUGGCUUCUACACCACCGGUGUUCCGCCCAACUUUGCCGAGCACAUGACACGCACAGCGCCAGCACCUAGCCAAACCAUCGGCUCGGCACCCAUGCAGACGUUCGUCCCCGGAUUUCAAGACGCCAACUUUAAGCCGUUCGAGCACAUGGGUCCGCUCACGCCGUACGUGUCCUCGUCGGGGUGGGGGGUCGACGAUGUCAAGUAUGCAGGCACGCCCACGGCGGCAGGCAAGACGUGCGAGCUGGUGCAGGCGCACAUGCUCCAUCGCCACGGCGCACGCUAUCCCACCGCUGGCGGCCCACCGGAUGUGCUGCGCGACUUCCUGCGCCAAAAUCCGCAGCUGCGCUUCUCGGGUAGCCUGGCGUUUCUCAACAGCUACAAGUUCGGCGUGGGCGAGGAGCUGCUCACACCCGUCGGACGCGGCCAGCUGUACGACUCGGGCGUCAACGCUGCGCUGCUGUACGGCAAGCUCGUUGCCGACGAUUUUGCCGAGAAGGAUGCGCGCGGCAAGCCAAAGACGCUCUUCGCACGCGCCGGAAGCCAGCAGCGCAUUGUCGAUUCCGGCCUGGCGUGGCUCAAUGGCUUCUUUGGAGCCAACUGGACCGCAUCGACGAGUUUCGAGAUCCAGAUCGAAGAGCCCGGGUACAACACCACCACCGCGCCCGAGUUUGCAUGUCCUGCGUGGAAUCACGCUGGCAGUGCACCUGGUGGGGAGAUGAUGAGUCGGUGGGCAGCGAGUUAUCUGCAAGAUGCCAUGCUUCGGCUCGGACACGAUUUUGGCGGUGCCACGCUCAAUUCGACGCUGCUCAUGGGCAUGCAGCAGAUGUGCUCCUACGACACGGUGGCGUUUGGUGCGAGCGACUUUUGCGCGCUCUUUACGCGCCAGGAGUGGCUCGACUACGAGUACGCCUGGGACCUCAAAUUUAUGAACACCAACGGCGCCACCUCGCCGCUGGGCAAGGCGUACGGAUUGGGGUGGGUCAAUGAGCUGAUUGCGCGAUUGGAGGCCAAACCUUGGGAUGCAUCCCUGCAAACUUCGGAAAACUCGACGCUCAAUGCGGAUCCAACAACGUUCCCCGUAGAUCGUCGGUUCUACGUCGACUUUACGCACGACUCUACCAUCACUUCUGUCCUCGCCGCUUUGGCCCUCCCGCACUUUAACGAGGUGCUCAAAGUGCCCGAUGGCGGGAACAAGCUCGAUGACACGCGCAACUUCAAGACGAGCAAAGUCGUGCCGUUUGCAGCACGGCUCGUACUUGAGGUGUGGCAGUGCGCCGAUGAGGUCAGUGUGCGCAUGAAGCUCAACGACGCCGUGGUGCCGCUCAGCCAAUACACACAGUGCUCCCCACGUCCCGACGGCAUGUGUGCCAAGAAGGACUUCCUCACCGCGCUUGCUCAGCGUAACCUCCAGUCCGAAUGGCAAAAGUGCCAAGCCUGA